CCCCGACUGAAGACUGACAAUCUAAUUCUUUCUGCCAAAAACAAAAACAAAAUUAAAAAUAAGCAAAGCAAAAGCCAUAAUAUGAUGAUUGAUGAAUAACAAUAAGAUGAUGAUGAUGAUGCCUUUAACCAAAGGCUUAUUAAUCUUGGCAGUUUCAUUGGCGCUUACUUUCGCAACUAUCUCUGCAAGUCACGGAGUCUUCAGCGUCAAGUACAGAUACGCUGGCCGUGAACCCUCACUCACUCUCCUCAAACAACACGACUCUCGCCGCCAGCUCCGAAUUCUCGCCGGCGUCGAUCUUCCUUUGGGCGGUACCAGUCGCCCCGAUGGCGUCGGGCUUUAUUAUGCUAAAAUUGGAAUUGGAACACCUUCAAAGGACUAUUAUGUUCAAGUUGAUACAGGAAGUGACAUUAUGUGGGUUAAUUGCAUUGAAUGCAAAGAAUGUCCCAGAAGAAGCUCUCUUGGUAUUGAGCUUACUCUGUAUGAUAUAAAGGAGUCUUCCACUGGGAAGUUGGUUUCAUGUGAUGAGGAAUUUUGCUAUGAGAUGUAUUCAGGUUCAUUAACUGGCUGUAUGGCUAAUGUGUCUUGUCCUUAUCUUGAGCUAUAUGGAGAUGGAAGCUCAACCGCUGGGUACUUUGUAUCGGACGUUGUACAGUAUGAUCGAGUUUCGGGAGAUCUCCAAACUACAGCUACUAAUGGAAGCAUUAUAUUUGGUUGUGGUGCUAGACAAUCUGGGGAUCUAGAUUCAUCUAAUGAAGAAGCACUUGAUGGAAUACUUGGCUUUGGAAAAUCUAAUUCAUCGUUGAUUUCCCAACUGUCUUCAUCUGGAAGGGUGAGAAAGAUGUUUGCUCACUGCUUAGAUGGAAUAAAUGGAGGUGGUAUCUUUGCUAUUGGGCAUGUUGUCCAACCAGUAGUUAACAUGACUCCAUUAAUACCGAAUCAGCCACAUUACAGCAUCAAUAUGACGGCAGUUCAAGUUGGUCUUCAUUUCCUAAAUCUUACAACUGAUGUGUUUGGAGUAGGAGACAGAAAAGGGACAAUAAUAGAUAGUGGCACAACCUUGGCCUAUCUUCCGCAAAUGAUUUACGAGCCAUUAAUAAGUAACAUAAUCUCUCAGCAGCCCGAUUUGAAAGUCCAUACGGUUCAUGAUGAGUAUACAUGCUUUCAAUAUUCUGAAAGUGUUGAUGAGGCAUUUCCAAAUGUUACUUUCCAUUUUGAAAAUUCUGUUUUUCUGAAGGUUUAUCCACACGAGUACCUAUUUCCCUUUGAGGGCUUGUGGUGUAUAGGUUGGCAAAACAGUGGAAUGCAAUCUAGGGACAGGAAGAACAUGACACUUCUGGGAGAUUUAGUGCUGUCAAAUAAGCUAGUUCUUUAUGAUCUUGAAAAUCAGGUUAUUGGAUGGACUGAAUAUAAUUGCUCUUCAAGCAUUAAAGUGAAGGAUGAACGGACAGGAACAGUACAUUUGAUUGGCUCCCACUAUCUUUCUUCUGAUUCCAUUUUAAAUAGCCAACGGGGUACAAUCUUAUUAUUAUUAACUAUGCUGCUGCACUUACUAAUAGACCAAAUAUAAUGCAAGAUAUCAGGAGUCAACUCAGAGUAAAGAAAAAGUUGAAUAUAAAAGAAGAUGCAAUUUCAAGGGGUUAAUUGAUGAAAUAGUGCAUUAAGUAAUUCGUCAGUUGUGUAUAUAGGUUCAUGCCUAACAAAACAAGCUAGGAUGAACUUGUACUAGACAUUCACUGUGAGCUUAAUUUUUUGUUCCUGUAUUGAUCCAGUGAACAUUUACAAAAGAUUACAACCAGCUUCCUCUUUUAGUGUACUUGGUUUUAGAUUUUCAUUUCAAUUUUUGCUUAGGUACUGGUGGAAGUGUAAUUAAUUUUUUAUUACAUUGAAUGAAUAUGUACAUCUAUUUAUACA